AUGCCAGUCUCCAAGACGUUUUCGCAGUCGGAGCGGGAAAAGCUCCGCAAGGAUCGCCACAUUCUGCCGCCGUUGAGCGAUGGUCCAUUUGGGCCGUUCCCGAAGGAUUGGAAACCGAAGGAGCGCGAUGCGGUAAAGUCGACUGUGAGUACUAGCGUCAAUGUUGCAAUGGUCAAGAAUAAAGCUGCCCCUGGGCAGCCGGUCAAUGCGGCUGCACAAAAGGCUGCACAAGCCGACAUUCUCGUUGGCCACACAGGCACGGGCGGCAUGACGGUGAGCACCUUCAAAGGUACCGGCGGCGCGAACACGUCCGUGAGCAACGGGCGCUUUGGUGACCCUGCCGGCCCUGGCAAAGCUGGAGCCUACUCAAAGCAGCGCAUGUCGCCAACGGACUUCCGUCAUCACUACAAUCGAAGCGACUUGCCGCUGUCCAUUCAGCACGGCGCGAAUCGCUCGCUGCUCUGGAAGGUGGACGUGUCGAAGCUGGACUACCACCACUACCUGCCUAUCUUCUUCGAUGGCCUGCGCGAACUGGAGGAGCCGUUCAGCUUUGUGUCGUACCAGGGAAGCAUGGACCUCCUCGAGGGCGGCGGCGCCAAGAUCCUGCCGACGGUGCCGCAGCUUAUCAUGCCACUAAAGACGGCACUGAACAGUAGGCACCCUGAUGUGCUGCGCAAGGUUUUCCACGUGAUGCAGAAGCUAGUAGUGAGUGGUGAUCACAUUGGCGAGGCGCUUGUGCCAUACUACAGGCAACUAUUGCCAGUAUUCAACAUGUUUAAGAACCGCACCAAGAGCAUGGGCGAUCGCAUGGACUACGGCCGGCGUGGUAGCCAGGACCUCAGCGGCCUCAUCAACGACACGCUCUACCUGCUAGAGCGCUAUGGCGGCCCGGACGCGUACAUCAACAUUAAGUACAUGGUUCCCACCUACGAGUCGUGUAUGUGA